GGGACUUUAUGCAGUGGCAUAAGCAAUUCCCAAUCGUGCAGAUCGCUAACGGAAACGAACGCAAACGCAGUUAGAAAUAUUUUGUCGCUCAUUUAAUACACGGAUCAAUGGAUAUACUGAACCGUUGUUCAUGAUGGAGCGCGGUCGGGAGAAUGAGUCGAUUUAAGUGAAAAAUUGUCUUAAAAAUACUCAGUGAGAAAAAUAAAAAUUUUCUACAUACGCAAAAAACCUCAAAUGCGACGGUAAACGAACGCAGUGUGUUACAACAAAUUUAUUGAAUUUAUGUAUGUGCGAAAAUUGACGCAUUGGAAAAGUGCAGAAAUUACUCAAACCGAAAUUUAAACGUUUGCGAAAGUGUUUUACUGUAGUGUUUUUGUUGUGAUUAAAAAAAGUUAAAUAGGUGCUCAAAACAAAUACGCGCUCUCACUUUUGGCGUACCCGCGUAACCGAUAUCACGCGCUUAGAAGUUUAGCCACCGCGCUUCCACUUCUAUUCUCCGAAAAAGCUUUCAAAAUGAUGAUGAAUGCGUUCAUCGACCCUACGCCGUCGCAGCACCACCUGGCCUCCUAUGGACUGCGUAUGUCACCAACUACACCCAGCAAUCAGUCGGAUUUACUGGGCAGCAGCGUACAGCAGCAACAUGCGCAGCAGCAGCAACAACAGGUGCAACAACAAGUGCAACAACAACAGCAACAACAACAAGCACAACAGCAACAGCAAGCGCAACAGCAACAGGCGCAGCAAUUGGACACAAGCGGUCUGAUGUCCUCGGCCAUGUCGCUGGGCGCCAGCGUUAGCGAUAUGUCUUCGCCUGUGAGCGCCUCCGUUGCAAGCGCUGCCGCCUAUCAGAAUAGCGGUUACGGCCACUUCAAUACACAACUUGGUACGGCAUAUUCAUCGCCGCGUGAUUUUUUGCUUGGCCGGCGCGCGGACAACGAUUACAUGACCGGCGCCACCACCACGCAGCUGGUUGGCCAAGGUGCCGCUACCACGGCCGCAACCGCAGACUCUAUGCUGUUUUCCUCUUUUCCUGCCACACAUGCACAACAUCCCGACCUGACCACGUCCUUCAGCAAUCACCCUUUCCAUGCGGCGGCACAUCAUCAUGCGGCUGCAGCGCAUCACCAUCAACAUCAGAUGCGCAUGGGCAUGGCCGACUACGCGCACCCAUAUGCACAUCACGCACAACACCACACCAACUUUCCGACGGUUCAUCACCAUCAACAUCCCGCCAUGUCCAUGCAUCCGGCGGGUGCGGGCGCUUUUCUGCGCUAUAUGCGACACCAACCGUCGGCAGCGUCGGCCAUCAAGCAGGAGAUGCAAUGCCUUUGGGUGGAUCCCGAUCAGCCGGGCGGCCCAAAUGGACGCAAGACUUGCAACAAAAUCUUCCAUACCAUGCAUGACAUCGUUACACAUCUGACGGUGGAGCACGUCGGCGGACCGGAGUGCACUACACACGCCUGCUACUGGAUUGGAUGCUCGCGCAACGGGCGCCCCUUCAAGGCAAAAUACAAGCUGGUCAAUCAUAUACGCGUGCACACGGGCGAAAAGCCAUUCGCCUGUCCACAUCCAGGCUGCGGCAAGGUGUUUGCGCGCAGCGAGAAUCUCAAAAUUCACAAGAGGACACAUACAGGCGAGAAACCGUUCAAAUGUGAACAUGAGGGCUGUGAUCGCCGCUUCGCUAACUCCUCGGAUCGCAAGAAGCACUCGCACGUGCACACAUCCGACAAACCGUACAACUGUCGCAUCAAUGGCUGUGAUAAAUCUUAUACUCAUCCCUCAUCACUGCGUAAACACAUGAAGGUACAUGGUAAUUUAGAUGAGAAAUCACCCUCACAUGGUUACGAGAGCGACGGCGAUGAAUCCUCUUCCUCCAGCAUUGUUACCGGUGGUGCACAAACGCCACCGUCUGCACGCUUAACCUCUGAUAACAACAAUGGCAUCGGUAACAAAUCUUCACCGCACUCCAUCAAAUCGGAACCGAGCAAUCACAGCAUUGGUGGCAUGCAUAGCGUCAUCCAUUUGGGUGCAUCUAGCGGAGGCAGCAGCUCCACCAGCAGUUCACAUCUACAUCACACACAUUCGCAUCACACUUCCAUCGGCGGCGGCGGCGGCGUCAACAGCAGCGGUGGUGGCGCAAGUAACAGUAAUAGCAACAACCAUUCAACUAAAUCACCAGCUCUUCAAUUGAUGGCCUCCUCAGCAGCUGCUUACUUGGCACCACCGCUCGGACCACCACCAUCACUCACGGCCGCCGGCACGCAUCAUCAUCAUCACCAGCAGGCAGGUUCACCAAGCAGCAGUAAUGCCGCAGCCGCUUCAAUGCUUGUCACCGGUCAUCAUAAUCAUCAUCUGCUCUAUCAUCCGGCCGCACAACAUCAUCCGCCCAGUGAGUGGUAUCACACAGCAACACCGCCGGCAGCCGCUGAUGCGAUGAAUCCGCUCAAUCAUUUCGGUCAUCAUCAUCAUCAUCACCAUCUAAUGCAUCCAGGUGCGGCGACUGCUUAUUGAAAUUGGUGAAGUAGUCAAGAGCGGGAGCGGAAGGGGGGCAGGAAAAAAAUAACACGAAGAUAUUUGAGGCUCACUUGCCUGUGAGUUGCACCUAUUGUGGUAUCCACGGGCGUUUGAGGCAAGUUUGGAAAAAGUUUGUGGUCUGCCGGCGGCUACUUACUGUAAUGCGAAAAAUGUGCCGCAAUUAUUUGACUUUCAGUCAAAGCAUUGGGAAUUAAGCCAAAUAACUUUUACGCAACAUACUCACACCCGCUCGUACAUAUAUACAAAAGAAGUGCAUACAUUGAAGCAUUAGACAUGCACGUAAUUUUUACCUGAUCAUUUAACUUAGUCUGGGGUAUUCAGUUGUGAGAAGGGAAGAUCUGCAACUGCAAUACAAACAGAAAAUGCAAUAAUUUACUUUUUAUUAAUUAAAACAAGCUGUUUUUAAUGUUUCUAUUUAGUUAAAAAAAGUUUAAAAUGUAUUGUAUUAAAGUGUAUAUUUCAAAAUCUUCAUUCAAACCUCAUUUGAAGCAUUAAAUAUAGCCUCACAAAAAAAAGGUAUUUAAAUCUUCAAAUUCUUAAGUUUCGCACAUCUUUUUAGUUGAAAGCUUGGAACAUUCUUUUUACGUAAGCUUGAAACGGCUGCUCUUUUCUUAGAACAUCAUUAAAAAUUAAAAUUUACAAAAAACAAAAACAAUCGUGUUGGGAAAAUAAACAUUGCUUGACUUUCAAAAAAGGCUUUUUAGUACAAAUUCAUUAAAUUAAUACAUAAAAAACUUAAAAUCUCAGAAGUAGAAUUUGUUAACAUUUCACAUGUAAAAAUUGAAAAUUGUGCCGCUUUUCAAAUUUAUAAUUAUACCCGCCUCCUUGGUGCUUUGCAUAGAGAAAUUCAUCUAUAAGAGCUAAGAAAGAACUUUCCGCCACAAAUAGAAUUGCGCAGGGAAAUAAACAAAAACCCAAUAAAGAUAUUAAACUUGCAAACUUUAAAGUUAAAGCGAGUGCUGAUGUGAACUUAAAACGUCUAAUAAAAUAUCAGAUAAACUAAUCAAAAUGCAAAUAAUUAUACUCAAGAAAGUGGCGCAAAGUCAAAGCGAAGCGAGAGUCUCUAAAUGAACAUCUACAUACAUACAUACAUAAUACAAAACCAAAUAGUGCCUGCUGUUCCCAAUAACAAAAAUAUCUGCUGAGCCAUUUUUAUUUAUGUAUUUUAUUGUAUUGUAUAUAGCAGAGAAGUAUAAACUAAAGCAUAAAAGAACUAAACUCCAACUAAAAUUGCUACUAAUCAAAUACUCAACAUGCAAAGAAUCAACGCACUCCUCUACGCCUCUCCGAAGGGCCACUGCGUGCGCUCAGCCGACAAGCCAAACAAUGCAGCGCGCCCCUCUCCACAUUCAGCCUGUGCAUGUACGAGCAACUGCAAGUAUUGCCGCGCUUGUUUGGCGUGCGCUUAUUCGACUUAGUACUUAGUUUUCGACACUCAUUACCUCCACAACAACUAAACAAAAACAAAAAUAAGAAUAAAUCACAAAUAACACAUAACACAUAACAAGCAAACUUAAUAAAUAUUACUAUAUUAAUUAUUUAACCCAUUAAAUCCAAAAAUUGUUGUAAUAUUGUAAAUAAUUUUGUAUGUAUGUAUUGGAAUGCCGUUAAAAAAUGUAUAUGUAUGUAGAAUGAAGUAAAGAAAUUAUUUUAAAGGCAUUUUAACUGACAUUAACCUUAAAAUAUGUGCGUCUCUAAAGAAAAAAUAAAAUGAUAUAUGUACAUACGCACAUACAUACAUAUGUAAUUAAGAAUUAUUUAAUUUCCAUAAAUUGAAUUGUCACCAA